GUUGGUUGAGUCGUCGUGUGAUAAUAAUGUGUGACUGUGACCGUGCUGGGUUCGUGCUCGCGCUUCCGACAACGAGGCGUUCAAUUUAAUCAACCAAAGUAGUAACCGCGUGCUGGGUCCGCUUCUAAGCGACCGUUGAACCGCCGCGACAUCUAAUCGCAAACCCGCCCCCCGGCACGAUACCAAAGAAGAUAGAGAUCGAAGACGCAGUUAGGACCCGAACUGCAACAUCACGGCUCACACAGGAAAAUGUCGGGCGAAACACAUUCAACGGCGGAGGAAAACAAGGUCCGAUACCGGCGGACACAGAGUGUGACGCGGGCGGAGGAGAUAACGAAGAAGGAAUCGGUACAGCGAAAAUCACAGCCGGACAAACCAUGUCACCGACCACGCGACUCGCUGUUUUCGUGGAGUUCCGGCUUCGACAACUUCACCGGUCUAGUCAAUUGGGGUUUUCUGCUGCUCACGAUGGGAGGCAUUCGGUUGGUGCUGGAAAACUUUAUCAAGUACGUACUGGCACGCAUGCCACCCGCCUAUGUGCAGUGUUUAACGGUUCUGUUCGAUCUUGCCAGAUACGGCAUCCGCGUCGAUCCGGUUCAGUGGUUCACGGUGCUUACCGGCAAAGGUGAAGGUGAAGGCUAUCCAUCGCUGCUGCUGGUCAGCUACUCGCUGGUGCCCGUGAUGAUCUGCCUGAUGAUGGAACGCUCCCUGGCGAACGACAUCAUUCCCGAAGGAGCCGGGAUGGCCGUCCACAUUAUCAACAUCAUCGUGCUGGUCCUGAUCCCGAUGGUGGUGAUACACGUGAAGGGACAUAUCUUUAGCUUGGUGGGAGCUAUGACGGUAUGCUUCAUCUAUUGCAUACUGUUUAUGAAGCUCUGGAGCUACGUGCAGGUUAACCUGUGGUGUCGCGUGCAGCAGAAGCAGAACCGACACAAUCGUUCUGGCCGGCGUCAGAGUAUUACGAUUGCGCAACUGCAGAACGGACGAGAUCAGGAGCAUGAACGAAACGGAGCGAAUGGAAGUGCGUCAGGCGGCGGAUACAAUAACGACAAGGACAAGGUACCGGUUCUGGUACACUACCCCGACAAUCUGCAUCCGACUGAUCUGUUCUACUUCCUGCUCGCCCCGACCCUGUGCUACGAGCUGAACUUCCCCAAAACGACGCGCAUCCGGAAGCGGUUCCUGAUCAAGCGCAUGCUCGAGGUGGUGAUCGGUGUGCACAUCGUGAUGGGUUUGUUCCAGCAGUGGAUGAUCCCGUCGGUGCGAAACUCGCUCAUACCGUUCUCGAACAUGGAUCUCACAAAAAUGGCCGAACGUUUGCUAAAGCUUGCCAUCCCGAAUCACUUGAUGUGGCUGUGCUUCUUCUACCUGACGUUCCACUCGUUCCUGAACCUGAUGGGCGAGUUGCUACACUUUGCCGAUCGUAACUUCUACAGCGAUUGGUGGAACGCCAACAAUAUCGACACGUUCUGGCGCACGUGGAACAUGCCGGUACACAAAUGGUGCGUUCGGCAUCUGUACAUUCCAGUGGUGGAAUUGGGCUACUCGAAGCUGAGCGCUUCGGUGAUCGUGUUCUUCUUCAGUGCCUUCUUCCACGAGUACCUCGUAAGUGUCCCGCUGAAAACGUUCAAGGUGUGGGCCUUCACGGGCAUGAUGGCCCAGAUUCCGCUCUCGAUCGUGGCCAAGCACAUGGAGACGACGUACGGGCCACGCUGGGGUAAUAUGCUCGUCUGGGCGUCGAUCAUUCUCGGUCAACCGCUUUGCAUUAUGAUGUACUACCACGACUUUGUCAUCACCAACUACAACGAAGUCCUGGCGUAGUCCUAGGCGGCCAUUGCAUACCACUACCACGUACGCAUCACGAAUAGGCCGAACCCUGUUGCUGCUUAAAGAUUAUCGUCACAAUCAAUCGAUCAUCGUUUGUCUUUCAUUUAACCGUUCUUUUUUAGUUUUGUAAAUGUUCGUCGCUAUAUUGUGCAUUUGAUAGAAAAUGUGUCUUUUGUAAUCGUGUUUAUUUUGCUCCAUUCUUUUCUACAUAAAAAAUCCAAAAC